AUGCUCGUCGUCGAGGCCAUUGGCAGCGACGGCCAUCGCUACUUUCGGUCCUGGAAGGCGUCGAGUCUCAGCGGCGCCUGGACAGCUCUCGCCAACACGGAGGCCAACCCGUUCGCGCGCGCCAACAACGUCCAGUUUCCCAACGGCGCCGCGUGGACCAAGAGCAUCAGCCACGGCGAGCUCGUGCGCACGCAGACGGACCAAACGCUGACGGUGGACCCGUGCCAGCCGUUGCGCUUCUUGUACCAGGGCCUCGACCCAAAGGCCGGCGGCGACUACGACGCGCUGCCGUACAAGCUCGCACCGAUCGCCAAAGCCUCGAGCUACAAUCACGUCGAAACGUCGUGUGUGUUUGAAGAGAUCUUCGGCUUCGGUGGCGCGUUCACCGAGGCGGCGGCCCUGCAGUUUGCAAAGCUGUCGCCGGCGCGGCAGGCUGAGGAGCUGCGUCUCUACUUUGAAGCGGAGACGGGCGCGAGCUACACGAUCGAGCUAUAA